AAAAAAAAAUCACGGAAGAGACUUUAGCAGUUGUACGAGUUUGGCAAGUUACGUGGACUCGAAGCAGGAGUCGUUGCAGCAGCACAAGGAGAAGAAAAAGGGCGACAAAAGUCACUUUUUUUUGCGCACAUUUCCACGCUUCCGACGCUUUACGGGUCGCAGGACACUGGAGCCUAUCCCAGCUGACUUCGGGCGAAAGGCGGACUACACCCUGAACUGGUCGCCAAUCAGUCGCAGGGCACAUAUAGACACGGACAACCAUUCGCACUCACAUUCACAACGUCACUGAGUGGGAACUGAACCCACGCUGCCUGCACCAAAGUCAGAGAGGGGAGUCAUGGAGGAAGCCAUUCAGACGGUGGUCAAGGUCUUCCUGAAGUCCGGUAAAGGGAAGGAGAGUUUGGGACCCAAAGACUUCCAGAACCUGGUCAAGAGCCAACUCUGCAACAUUCUGUCGGACACGGACAGCAAGGAGGCGGUGCAGAACAUGGGCAAGGGCCUGGACGCCAACAAGGAUGGCAAGGUGGGCUUUGAGGAGUACAUGAACCUGGUGGGCUACCUGGCCCAGUCCGUCAGCGAGCAGCGUUGCCGCGCCAACGACGCCCAACCCGCCCAGAAUGCCCAGAACACCGCCGCAGAGAACGCCACCCCGGAGAAUGCCGCCCCCAAGGCCGAAACCCAGGAAGUCAAUCUGGAAGCCAACGCAGAUGGAAAAAUGGAGGGGAAAGUGGAAGUCAAGAAUGAGGUGGAGGAGAAGAAGGAUGAGAAGGAAGAGGAGGUGGAGAAGCCUGCUGACGUGACCUCGCCGAGCGUGAAGUUGACCUCACCGAGCGUGGAGGUGACCUCACUGAGCGUGGAGGUGACCUCACCGAGCGUGGAGGUGGAGGUUGAGGAGGAGAUCACCGUGGCUAAGGAGACGGAAAAGAUGGUUGAGGACGCGGCAGAGAAGAUGGCCGGCGCGGCAGACGUGGAGGCCGAGAAGAAGCCUGAGGAAUCUGCCACCUCGUAGGGGACAAUAUUUACAUCCAUCCCUCAUCACACUAAUAAUAAUAAUAUGAAUAAUAAUAAUUACCCUACAUCAACACUGAGAGCCACUACAUUGGCUAAAGGCCUAAAUUUAUGGGUGGGAAAAUUAUCACUAGCUAGCUUCCCAUCUAUAAACUCCACGUAGUUAGCUACCUAGCGAGCUGAAUAGAUAUCUUAAUAGCUUUUUCUAGAUUUAGAUUUAGCUAUCAUCUACAAGUAGCUACCUAGCAAGCUACCAAUUUUACUAGCUUUCUGUCUAUGUGAAUUACAAAAUGCUACCCUAUCUACAGAUCGAAAGUUGGUAAGAUAGUUAGUUUACUUGCUAGUUAGCUAACUACAACUAAAACAGUGCAUAGUCCUAAAGUUAUGACAUACAUAUGACCACUAGUGCUCUGUUAACUUCAUUUAGCUCUAUCAAGCUAUCAUCCCUAGGUAGGUAACUACCUACCAGGCUAACUAGUUAUCAACUCUUUGUCAAUUUUAAGUUUCUAGCCUGAAUAUCAUGCACAUUUCUAAUAUGAAUCUAGUAUUAUGAUAUCAACAAGUAGCUAUCCUACUGUCUCACUCCCUUGAUCUAGAGCAUUCUAUCUGGCGAUCCAUAUAUCUCUAGCGAACUAGCUACCACUCAGACCAGUUAGCUAGAGAUAUCGUCUUUAUGUACCUAGCUACCAUGUUAAUUAGCUAGCUAGCUAGUGAGCUCAACAGCAUUCUAUCGCUGUGAAUUUUGAUUCCAACUACUAGAAUCUUGAAAUUCACCAUGGUAGAAUGCCAGUGAGCUACCUAUAGGGUCGCUAGUUACCUACCUACCACUAAAAUAGCGGUGACAGGGAUAAAGUCCCAUGUUUAUGGCAGAAAUAUGACCAGAAUCAGAUUUAUGACUAUGAAUCCUGAGCCUUUGUGGUGUAAAAUGCACUAAAAUAACACCGUGUUGUACAACCACUAGACUAAAGCAGCCUAGCUAAACAACAUACCACUGCUAGCAUGUGCAUGCCACUAAUAGAGCAUAUUUACCUCGUAUCAUGUGAAAAUAUGGCGCCCUUUACUCCCCCUCUGCUUUAAAGGGAAUAGUUAUCUUAGCAUAUACCCUGACCUAUAGAAUGCAUCCACUUGUACUGUUUCUUGAUGUUUUUGACUUUAAUUCCUUUAAUGCAAAUUAAUUUUCCCACUUUUACGUGACUCACAAAUGCUUUUUGGUGCUGAUUUUGGCCCGACAAUAAACAAAUUGUGUUGCCGCUAACCAAACACUGCUUCCCUCCUCAUUUGCUCCGCCUCCUUCCCCUUCUUCAUCUUCUUUUUAUAUCCUCACUACACCUGGAAGCGACAUUAAACCCACCGCAGCCACAAUUAGACAUGGAGAUCAGGUGUGCCGCUAAAUAAUUAAGAAUCGAGGAGGGAAUCCAAAACGAGGCUCGCCGGUUACAAGGCGGUGCGAGGUUGGGCUCGGGGUGGAAAUAGUCCCGAGUGGAAAGAGAGUGAGUGUGAAUCCUCCCAGAUUGGGAUUGAAGAAUAAUUUUCACGCUGCGUUCAGGGAAGAUAGGAAACAAGGGAGGACAAUAAAGAAACGAGACUACAGCAAGCCAUGUUCUAGGCUGAAUUGGCUAAAUGAUUGUUUGGGGGUGUUUGGAGGCCAAAAUAAUCCAGAGUGGAAAGAAAGUGAGGGAAAAUCUGAGAUUGCAACCCUGGCGUAAUUGUUCAUGCCGCGUUCAUAGAAACUGGAAGGUUUGAAAAUCUAAUUUGAAGUUGAAAAUGGCAAACAAUGAAAACCAGCGAUUGGAAAACUCAGCUUUAUUUCAAAAAACGAUUUAACUUGUGUUUCUGCCGAGUUGAGAAGUUUCCCAGUUUUGUUAAAUGCAGCAGUGAAUGUAACCACAGACCUUUUGUAAAAUGUGCACAAUUUCGCUGUAGGAUUUGUUUUAAAAACAAUCCUACUGCCUGUGGUGUUUUUGUGUUUGUGGCCCUCAUUUAAGACCCUGUUUGACCUGCCAUCGGAUCUCCACCCUGACCGGAUUAGACAACACACACACAAUUUCCUGAAAGCCAUCCCUUCCAUCUUGUUUGUCUAGCACAAUGAGCCUUUGACCCCAAAAAAAAAAAAACAACACCCAAUAUCAUGAUUCUGUGAUGCGUUUGUAAAGCUUCCCGUCCUCUGCCAAUUUGUUACUUAUGAUUUAAUGCUUUGUAAAUUCUCACGUCGUCAAUAAUGCAGGCCUGAGGAAAAAGCGCUCGUGUUGCACUUAAUGUAGGCCUUAACAUGACUACCAGUAACACAACCACUAUGACGUGCACAAUGCAAAGUGCUUGGCAAAUAAAAGUCAUGUGCUCCCGGCACUCCCAUUGUAAAUAUUACACACUCUGCUCAGCCUUUAUACACCCUUUUUUUUUUUUUUUUAUACAGUGACUAACAUAUCAGGCAUUUGGGGCUUCUGUUUAUAUAUAUAUAUAUAUAUAUAUAUACACAUAUAUAUUACUCUAAAUACAGUGAACCCCUGUUUAUUGCUAAGGAUACAGUCCAGACCCACCCGCCAAAGGUGAAAAUCUGCAAUAUGUAGAAACAAAACCAAACACUUUUCUUACCCCUCCCAUAUGCUUUAAACACAGCUAACAUAUUUUGAAAGUAUUCCUUAGUGCUUGCCAUCACUCUCUCGCAGCCCCCCAAAAUAUCUAUCAAUCUAUCUAUAUAUAUAUAUAUAUAUAUAUAUAUAUAUAUAUAUAUAUAUAUAUAUAUGAGACUGGGUAUAACAUCACUUUGAGGAAAUGAAAAGAAGACGUGUAGUUCUCCUAGCUUCAAUAUUAUAUAUAAUAAUAUGAUAUUUUUCAUUCCUAGUGGAAGUUUGUAAAAAACUGACAAACGUUUGUAGAAACUGACAAAAUAAUCUAACGAAAGUCUGUUAGCAUAAUGCUAACACAUAAUGUAAAAUGCCUUGGACAGGCUAAAGGACAUGAGCACAAUUAGAAAACUUCAAACAACAGACAUGGAAAACAGAACAUACAGCAAUACUCCCAGGCAUUUGUCCUCUCUGAUCUGUGGGAAAUAUGAUUGUUACUGCAGUUUGGUAGGGGACCUUCUCUGCCUCCUUUUCUUGCUGUUAAUUACACUUCAUGUCUUUCAGUAGACCCCAGUGUUGAUACUACACUGAAGGCACGUAACUCAAUUUGGACAAAAAAUCUGCGAUAUAGCGGGGGUUCACUGUACUUCUCUUUUCACGGUACUUCCUGUAACUAUUAGCAACAUAUCAGUCUUAAGCUUCCUGUGUACAUAAGGCAUGAAUGUGUGUGUUAUCGUUGCGGUCUUUACAGGCUUUAAAUGUGAUCUUUGGUCCAUUGUGGUGGGAAAAAAAGGGAAAACUGGAUCGGUGUAUUGAUAGUGAACCUUAUACCUCAGCCGGGAAACAUCUCAUUUAGUCUUUUGUAAAUUGCUUAUUCGUGAGCCGCGCCCAAAAGCGCUAACUCCGUGCAGAUGCCGAAAAACACGCCGGAGAGGAAAAAAGCAUCAGGGAGUGUUAGCAAACAUGUCCCCACUCAAGAUGGGAAUGAAGAUCAGAAAGAGCCAUAGAGAGAUACUGUGCAGUCCUGUAAUGUGUGCCAGCCACCAAAUGCCAGAGUGUAUGUGUCUGUGUGUGUGUGUGUGUGUGUGUGUGUGUGUGUGCGUGCGCGCGUGUGUGUGUUUUAUGCAUCUCAGUCUACUGUCCCGUGCAUCACUAUGUAAGCAAUCCGUCAAUUCAUACGAUGUAAAAGCUGUAUCCUUUUAACGCUUGUGUUAUCGUUGAAUCAUGAAUAAUAAAACUGUGACAACCUA